AUGGGUCUAUCAGCUUGGGGUGAUCGUAUGUGGAAUUUUGCUGUUGGUAUUUAUUUUAUUUCUCUCAAUCCAACUAAUCUUCAGAGUGUAGCUCUUAAUGGUAUUGCACUUAAUUUAGCUGUUAUUUUAUUUGGUACAGCUAUUGGUGAUUGGAUUGAUCGUAAUCCUCGUUUAUCAGGUUUCUUAAUUGGAAUUGGUAUGAUAGCAACAUUAUCUAGUGUAGCAUGUAAAGUAUCAAUAUCAAAAGAUUGGGUUGUUGCAUUAUAUGGUUCCGAUCGACAAAAUUUAGCUAAUACUAAUGCAACGCUUCGUCGAAUUGAUCUUCUUAGUGGUGUAUUAGCACCGAUUUUAACAGGUGCUGUUAUGGCAUUUACAUCACGAUGGCUUAGUGCUGUAUUAAUUGCUGGUUGGAAUGUUGUUUCACUAUGUUUUGAACUUUUCUUAUAUACAAAAGUUUAUCAUUUAGCUGAAGAUGUAUUAGCUAAUAAAGUAUCGAUUAAUAAAUCUCAUGAAAAAUUAACUGGAAAAAAAGAAAGACCGCUAAGAAAGUUCUUUGCAUCUAUACACGGUUUAGGAACAUAUGCAUCUUUAUCAGUAUUUUUGCCUGGACUUUCACUUGCAUUACUUUAUAUGACUGUUUUGAGUUUUGAUUCUGUUACACGAGCUUAUGUGAUUGAACAAGGUUUAUCAGAAGUUGUUUUGGGUUUAUUAAAUGGUUUAGGAUCAGUUCUUGGUAUUGUUGGCACCAUUGCCUAUCCAUUUUUUGUCAAACGUACAGGUCUUGUACGUACAGGUAUUAUUGGCUUUUGGUCGGAGUUUUCAAUGUUAAUACUAUGUUUAACAUCAUUAUUUGUUGAUGGAACAUCAUUUGCUCCAUUGCAACAUUUAACAAUCGGUUCAUGUCACUAUCAUGAAACAUUGAAUAAUAAUAAUAGUACGACAAAUUUAAUACCAUAUCAAUGUUCAAAUUCGAAAUUAUCUGUACUAUUACUUGUUAUUGGUAUAACUCUGAAUAGAUUUGGUUUAUGGAUUGCUGAUUUAACAGUGAGUCAAUUACAACAAGAACGUGUUCCAGAAAAAAUUCGUGGUCGUAUUGGAGGCACACAACAUUCACUUAAUCAAUUUUUUGAUUUACUUCGUUAUGCACUUAUUAUUUGUUUACCUCGACUGACACAAUUUGGUUAUCAUGUUUGUUUAUCUGUUUUAUCUGUAUUUACGGCAUCACUCAUUUAUACAAUAUGGUCAUGUUCAUCAGCUUCUCAUCUUGUUCCACCAGCUGCUGAUAUUGAAAUGACUGAAACAAAUGCUGAUUUAGCGAAACAUUAUGAAGGUCAACUUGGUGAAACAUUUGACUAUGUCGAUGAAGAUGAUAAUAAAACCUAA